AUGGUCUUAUCAGAACCCUCAGCGCGAGCGGACCAUGAUCGUGCAGCGUAUACUCUCGACACGUUAAUCACUACGCCACAUUGCCACGAGUUCCUUUGGCAUUCCGAGGUCCGGCACCGGGCGGCCAGUCUUCAGCCGAUUAGGGUGAUAUUUCUUGGCGAUUCAGAAUGUGGAAAGUCGAGAUUGGUCAAUUGGCUCGUGGCUCCAGGAACGGAGAUCCAGCCUCCGCGUCCUCGUGGCUGUAGACCUGCACGUACUGCUGGCAACAGAGUGGCUGUAGAAUCAGACAAAGGUGGUCAAGAUGUAGAUGUCUGCAUGUCGAAAGAAGACGAAUCACGCAAGUCCAGGUUUAGCUACAUUUGCAGACCAGCAAGUCUAGAAUCGGCAUUUGACUUGCAUCAUACCACUUCUCCGAACGGACUGCCUUUUGUGAUGAUAGACACCAGCUCGUUGCCACGAAGCGAGAUGAUCUGGCAGCAUCUUGUAGAGCCGGGCUGUAUAGUCUGUCUGGUCUUCGACCCGGCCUCACUCAUUCUGGACGAAGGGGUCUGGUGCGAAAGCGGUCAACUUGACGGUACAGACCUGUCCGACCUCGAUCCUAUCGCCUCCAGACCGAGCGACCCGGUGAAUGUCAUCGGUGCUGCAGUAGAUCCGCGAAAAGAAGAGACACUGCGUCAGUUCACCGCCGUUCUGGGCGGCUGGCUUAAUCGGCUUGCCCUUUAUGCGCCCGGCGCGGUUGUCCAACUGGUUGGUAUGGCGUUGGAGCGGCCGGAAGAAGAAGCACCAAUCAGCCUGUCCAACCAAACGACUGAACAGAGUGGUUCAAUUAAAACCCUCGAACAUGACGAGUCAAUGUCAGAAACCUUUUCGCGCUCACGACAACGCAGAGAGACGCACAUUUGCCGACUAGUUCGCCACUUUGCGUCGCAGAACGCAUCACACCUCAAUCGACUGCAUGUGUUGCCAGAAGCCAUCUUUCAACCGGACGUCGACAAGAAUGACACACGAGGCCAGCUUGGAAGAGAGUGGGUCAGCAGACUUUGGUACAAUCUGGAGCAAUGCGCCGUCUCUCCGCUCAUGGCCAGUCGGCAGUAUUCAGCUCCUGCCUCGUGGAGUCAAUUCCUGCCACGUCUGUACUCCCGAUUUCCGCACCAAAUGGUUGUCGCCCUGCGACCGGACGUCAACACAACCCGCCAGGACGAGCCCCCCCUUGUCUGGAGCCCCGACAGCCCGAUUGAGCCGGACCAAUUGGUGCCCAGUCUGCAGGACCUCACGGCCGAGGCGAUGGAGGAGAUCGAGGAGCAACAGGCUUGUCUGCGACACUGGCAUCAGGCCGGUCGGAUUGUCUGGCUGGAACGACAUCCUCGCCUCGGUCGAAUUGUCGUGUUGCGACCGCGUCGGUUCGCUCGUCUACUCUCCGGCUUGCUACACGCCGACCUGGUGCUGGGCCGGACUCGAGCCGAGGUAUCACCGAGCCGCGAGCGCCUGUCGAUUGGUGCACCAGACCGAGACACCGUCCAUCUUCGGGCACUGGUCGGUCUGCAGACGGCGGCCGACUGUCUGGCCGGACUCGACGCGUUUCAAGAACACGGCCUCUUGAUGAAGGGUUUCGCCACAUGCCUCGUGCCGCCCACGACGUUCCGCACCGUCGCUUUCGUCGAAGCGGCCACCCAGUCCGCUUCACACUUGACCCCGGCGAAUGGUGUGCCGAGGGCCCGACCAACUGACAGAGACCGACGACCGGCGAUGCACACGACCAGCACCGCCAAGACAACUGCUUCCACAAUGGCAGCAACAAAAAAGCAGACUCUCUUCUGUGUCGACAUGUCGACUCCCAAAGAGCUGUGCGACAAGCACUUGAGUCAGCUGGCCUGGUUCACACAAAGUGCGGUUCGACUUCCCCCCGACAUGCUCGUCCUGCCCUCGUCAGAUUGCCAAAGGCAGCAACAGCGGCCUAUUUUGCUCUUUCCCCCUCCCGUAACCAAGCCACCGUAUCUCGGCCAACAUGUCUCGCGAGUGAACGCCGCAAGGGAUGAAUCGAGCUCGAGAACGGACAGUCACGAGCCCAAAGACAAUCGGCUGACUGGACUUCGACAAACUUGGCUUGAACUGUCCUCCCGACAGUCAGACGCCACAGCUCCUCACACGAUAGUGAAGCUGGCCUGUGCUUUCGCACCGAACGAAUAUCCAUUUGGAUUUUAUGACCGCCUUUUUGUGCUACUCGGAGAAUUGCUGAUCAACCUGGUGGUACGUCCGUGUAAUCGGCGACUAAGUACCAAAAGAUUCACAAAUGGAGACACUGUCCUGAAUGAGAAUGAUGACGUCAUGAGGUAUAGGGUGCUGCGAGAUCAUUGCUUCUCUACACAUCUGGCAGACGUAACCAUCUCGGAGGCUUGCAGCAGUAUCGAAGAAGGCAAUACAGAAUGCCAGACUUUAGCCAACCAGAGCAACGAUGCCAUCGAGAGGCAGUAUCUUAUCAAACUGGAGGCAAGUCUAUAUGAAGAUUCAGAGUUGACGAUGAAAACCGAUCCCGAGCCAGAAGAUGUCAAUCAGUGUGACGUAGUCGAGCUUGGCGAUUGGUUUCAGCGUACAGUCAGUGAGAUGCUAUCCGAGUUGAGAGUUGAAGUUUCUGUACUAUGGAUGAAUAUAGAGCACCAUACCAAUAAAUAA